AUGAUUAUCAUACUUUUAAUUUUUUGGUAAAAUUUAAUUCUACAUUGUUUGUCAAAAGAAUUUGAAUAACACUAUUAUUUUACAAUUAUAAUUUAGAAAGCAGAUCCAAGAUAUUUAGAAUUUGCUUUGAUAGUAGCUAGAGCAUUGAAAUUGAGAAUAUAUUCUCAUUUUAAAGGGGAUCACUUAAUGUAGAAAUAUUUUGUUGAGAUUUUAAAUUUAUUUGAUUUAAUAGAAUGGUAAUAAUUUUUCUGUUUCUUAAUACUUAUUCCAUCAUCUUCUAAUAUAUAUCUUAUUUUCUAAAUAGAAACAUUACACAACAUUUGA